CCGCGCCUUGGAGCCCACAACCUCGAGCUCCCGCCCUGCCGCCGCGCCCCGCGGGACAAGCUGCGGAGCCCGGCUUGGGGACGAGCGGCCGCGGCGCGGGGCAUGAAGUUGGGCGCGCGCGGGUCUUGGAGCGGAGGCGCGGCACAGCUGGGAGCCGCCCGCGUCUAGAGCCCGUUCGGUGCGCCAUGGAGCUCUGGGGGCCCCGGGCGCCGCAGCCGCCGCUGCUACUGCCGCUGCUGUUGCUCUUAGGGGUCGGCCUCUUGCCUGCUAGCACCCACAUUGAGACCCGGGCCCAUGCCGAAGAGCGGCUCCUGAAGAGACUCUUCUCUGGCUACAACAAGUGGUCUCGGCCAGUAGCCAACAUCUCAGACGUGGUCCUUGUCCGCUUCGGCCUGUCCAUUGCUCAGCUCAUUGAUGUGGAUGAGAAGAACCAGAUGAUGACGACAAAUGUGUGGGUGAAGCAGGAGUGGUAUGACUACAAGCUGCGCUGGGUCCCCAGUGACUACGAGAAUGUUACCUCCAUCCGCAUCCCCUCCGAGCUCAUCUGGAGGCCCGACAUUGUACUCUACAACAAUGCGGACGGGGACUUUGCAGUCACCCACCUGACCAAAGCCCACCUGUUCUAUGAUGGGCGGGUGCAGUGGACACCCCCAGCCAUCUAUAAGAGCUCCUGCAGCAUCGAUGUCACCUUCUUCCCCUUCGACCAGCAGAACUGUACCAUGAAGUUUGGGUCCUGGACCUAUGACAAGGCCAAGAUUGACUUGGUGAGCAUGCACAGCCGCGUGGACCAGCUGGACUUCUGGGAAAGUGGGGAGUGGGUCAUUGUGGAUGCCGUGGGCACGUACAACACCAGGAAGUAUGAAUGCUGCGCCGAGAUCUACCCUGACAUCACCUAUGCCUUCAUCAUCCGCCGGCUGCCGCUGUUCUACACCAUCAACCUCAUCAUCCCGUGCCUGCUCAUCUCCUGCCUCACCGUGCUGGUCUUCUACCUGCCCUCCGAGUGCGGCGAGAAGGUCACCCUGUGCAUCUCGGUGUUGCUCUCGCUCACCGUCUUUCUGCUGCUCAUCACCGAGAUCAUCCCGUCCACCUCGCUGGUCAUCCCGCUCAUCGGCGAGUACCUGCUCUUCACCAUGAUCUUCGUCACACUCUCCAUCGUCAUCACGGUCUUCGUGCUCAACGUUCACCACCGCUCGCCGCGCACGCAUACCAUGCCUGCCUGGGUGCGCAGAGUCUUCCUGGACAUCGUGCCACGCCUCCUCUUCAUGAAGCGCCCCUCUGUGGUCAAAGACAACUGCCGGAGACUUAUCGAGUCCAUGCACAAGAUGGCCAAUGCCCCUCGUUUCUGGCCAGAGCUGGAGGGUGAGCCCGGCGUCUUGAGUGACACUAGAAACCGAGGCCUGUCAUCUGCCCCAUCUUUCUGCAACCCUCUGACCACGCCAGUCGAGGCCCAGCCUACAUGCAAGUCACCCUCUCACAAGGCCCCUGAUUUGCAGACAUCAGAGGUGAAGAAGACCAGUCCCUGUCCAUCACCUGGCCCCUGCCACGCACCCAACAGCACCAGGGUCCCAACACUUGUCAAAGCCAGGUCCCUGAGUGUCCAGCACGUGCCCAGCUCCCAAGAGACGGCAGAGGGUGGCAUCCGCUGCCGGUCUCGGAGUAUCCAGUACUGUGUUUCUCGAGAUGGAGCUGUCUCCCUGGCUGACAGCCAGCCAGCUGCCUCCCCUGCCUCCCUGAAGGCCCAUCCAUCCCAGCUUCCACUGUCCGACCAGGCCUCUCCAUGCAAAUGCACAUGCAAGGAGCCAUCGCCCGUGUCUCCGGUCACUGUGCCCGUGUCUCCGGUCACUGUGCUCAAGGCCCGAGGCACCAAACCACGCCCCCAGCACCUCCCCCUGUCACCAGCCCUGACACGGGCAGUGGAGGGUGUCCAGUACAUUGCAGACCACCUCAAGGCGGAAGACACAGACUUCUCGGUGAAGGAGGACUGGAAGUAUGUGGCCAUGGUCAUAGAUCGAAUCUUCCUCUGGAUGUUCAUCAUCGUCUGCCUACUGGGCACUGUGGGCCUCUUCCUGCCCCCCUGGCUGGCUGGUAUGAUCUAGAGAUACAGUAAUGGACAGGCCCGCUUGGCCCGGCUCCCUGGUCUCUGUAGGGCCAUGCCACUUGUGAGUUACCCCAUCUUCCAAACCUGCCAUGAAAACCUAGGAAAGAGAUGCUGCUUCUCGGGAGCCAGAAGCUGGCACUGGUUCUAAUCCAGCCAUGGGCCUGGUUAGAGCAACUGAAGGCUGGCACAGGGCAGAGUCAGUCUGAGCCCCCAUUAAAAUUUCUCCAGAGCAGGUGAGAAUCACCUCCUGGCCUGCAGACAGCACACACUCAUCUGUGUCUCAGAGACUGGUCCAGGGUUGGUCUUGGUCAUCCUGUGGGGCCACACGAAUUCAUUCCUCAUCAGCAACCAGAGCCCCUCAUCUCGGGGAUUCGUCCGACCCAGGAAACUCCCACUGUGCCCCUGCUGACCACAUCCCCUCUCCCUGCCCCAUGAUGUGUUCCCAUCAACCCUUUAGACUGGGGUGUUCUCUGACUCACGGGUGUCAGAGCUGAGCCCAGGCAAGUUUUGUUUCGUUUAGAUUGGGGUGAAUUGGUAAGAAGCCAAGCUCUGUGCCGUGCAGAUGCCCCAACUCACAGAAGAACUAGAGUAGCAAGGCUGAAGCCCCAUGGGAGCCCUGCAUUCAGCUCAGGGUCACAAGGGUUCUAUAGUGAGUGCCUCCUAGGGACUCGCAACCCCAGGAGGGCAGCAUUGGGAGUCUCAGGGUUGCGAGGGAGCCAAUCAUGCCCAGGUCCUGGGCUGCAGGUCCCCUCAGGGAUCUUUGUUGAUGCCCCUGCAUGUUUUUUCCUCUCUGGGAUAAAAGACUGAAGGUAGGACUUCUCAUCCUGGGCCUGUGGUGAGGCCACAGCUCGCUUGAGCACAUCUUGUAUGAGAGACCUGGGACUCUCAAGGCAAGCAGGAAUAAUGGAAAGCCCCUUCCGUGUUAUGGAAUAGGGCGAGCUGCCAAGAGGGUUCAAGGCGAACCAGGCUCUCUGACCUAUCGUCCUGAGGGCCAUAUGCUGAGGGUUAUGGGUGCCUCACCCAGUCUGCCUUGCACUUAAGUUGUAGGGCUCCUUCUCCCCUUCCCAAGAUAGCACCAGACAACCUGGAAAAUCCCCAGUGAUGGGCUUGGAGAAGCACCUGCUGUGCCCACCCCUGUGAGAUUCCUUUGGGUGAAGGGCAGAGUGAGGGAGACACCCAAGAAAUCAUCCUGUGCCGUGGUCACCGCCCUGCUGUCCCCAACAGCCAGGUGGCCUUGGCAGAGCUGGGCCCUGCACCCUCAGCCAGCUUGUCCUAGGCCCUGAAGCUGGAUUGUUUGGAUAGUUCUGAGGACUGAAGAAAUGAAAGAACUUAAUGAAGUCUGGAACCAACACACCAAACUCCCAGGAGGUACAGCUGCCACCUCCGUGGGAUAACUUGCCCAUCCCAGCUGAAUGAUAUCAGGACGGAGGUAUGCCAAAGGGCCAGCACUGUCUUUACCUGUACCUGUGGGCAAACUUGCAUUUGGACACAGCUGCUGGGCAUUCCAGGGUGCCACUGGGAAAGGAACCCUGAACUGGAGACUUCAGGACAUUUGUGUGUACAGGAAGGGCCUGCAGAGGCCUGGGUUCUGAACUCUGGAUGUUCUAGGCCUCCCCUAGAGUCUUUCGGGCAUCAAGGACCCCCAUCUGCUGUUUCAAUCUGUCCUCGCUCUGCUGGCUGACUGGGUUGCCUAGCCCCCACACUGGAGCCCUCAGGGUGUUGCAAGAUAUCCCUGGUGGGGAAACUUGUUCCAGAACCUGGGAGCCAAGGGGAACACAAACCUCAGUGAGGAAGACAGCAGACGCACCUGUUAGAUAUGAGUUCCACCUGCUGCAUACAUGGCUCCAACCUCAAGAUUUGUGGGCAGCGGUAGCGAUCAGGGCAAGGCCACAGUGGCACACUGUACAGAGAGGGCUGCUCUGCUGCUCUCUUCUGGGUCAGAAAAAGCGAACCCCACUGGCACCCAGAAGUCAGGAAAGGAAAUUAAAGCACCACGUUCUCCCCAUCCCACUCAGCUGUCCUUUUGUCUGCCUGCUUCUGGUGUUGCUUUCUGGUCAAGAUGAAGUUCAGUUAGGGCAGAAUGCUUGAUCUGAGGCCUUUGGGCCAGUGAGCUUUAAAAAUCAGCAUGGUCUCAGUCCCUCUGAUAUGUGAAUGUUAUCUCUCCAAAGCUCCCAGCCCUCCCAUUCCUCCCCUUCCCAUGGACAGCAUCAACUCAAAUGUGAGUCCCGGUCAUCAUGUGUCCGGGAUGCCGUAGUGGACUCCGCGAUGUCUGGCUUCUUUCACUUGUGUGGCCAAGGCUCAUCUGCUGUGCUGUGUGCACUAAACUUAUGGCUGCUGUGUGCUUGUUGGUUCUUAGUUGCUGUUUCUGUCUGAAUAAACCGACUUGUGGUGUCUUCCCUUCCGUGUGGUGUCAGUCAAGGUGCUGUUGACCAAGUUCCUGUGUUCAUGUCUGUGGGCAUGUGUUGCCAUUUCUCUUUGUGUUAACGUGCUUCUUUGAUUUCUGUAUGCUAUGAUGUUUUAACAUGUUGGGGGCUUAUCAGACUCAAGGCUGCUGCUUCCAUGGCCGAACAAUUUCUAGUGCUCGGCUUGCUUGGAGCCUCCCACCUUCAUGGCUGAUGGGCCAUCGACAAUAGCACCUCUUCCUUAUAAACUUACACCAGAGCCGGGCGGUGGUGGCACACGCCUUUAAUCCCAGCACUUGGGAGUCAGAGGCAGGCGGAUCUCUGUGAGUUCGAGGCCAGCCUGGUCUACAAGAGCUAGUUCCAGGACAGGAACCAAAAAAAAGCUAUGGAGAAACCCUGUCUCAAAAAAAAAAAAAAAACACACACACACACACACACAAAAAAAAAAAAAAAAAACACAAAAAAACUUACAUCAGAGCCAGCCACAAAGGGAAAGGAAACUAGAGACCCCUUUGUAGCCCGGAGUCUGAGGAAGUGUCCAGACUACCCCAGGCUGUUUUCUAUGCAACCUGAGCUCCUGAUGGAAACACCUGUGAGAGUGGUACCACUUCCUUCCCUCAUCCCUUCCUCCACUGAUGACCCUGUUCCUAGCACAACAUCGUCCUGGUAAUUGCAGCUGACACCCUUCCUGUCGUGCCAUCAACUAGGGGAGUCCCUUGUCUCCCCAGUAGACUAAGAUUGGGGCGCAGAGCCAAUAGACAACUCAUCCUAUAGGGUGGAAGUGGCCCCACUGUUGCCAUAGCUCUUGGGCACUGGUGCAUUUCCACUAGAAACAUCUGGGGAGUCCAGGGUUUUAACUCUGGGCCUCCUGCCACCCAUACAGAUUGAGAUUCAUUGGCACAAAGCCACUAACUGGUCCUGGAAUUGUCCUGACCUUUGAGGGGGAACAUGGGGAUCCCUGGUAUGUCUCUAUGGUGCGCACACAGGUUUUUUAAAAAAGCUACAGCAGAACACCCCUGGGCUCCUGCUGCUUGAUUCUAGUCUCUCCUGUUUCAAUCUGUAGAAAAAUGCCAGUUGCAGCUCCCCAGAUUGAUUUGCUGACCUACAGCUAGAAGCACACCGCUCAGGACACAAUACCAAGGGGAAGGGUGGAAUUGUCAGGCACUGGGGUUUGUGCUGGGAUUUAGGUGAUUUAAAAAACACUUUCCACUCAGAUAUGCUGUUUACUCUCACUGUUUGCAGCUAGGAGUUUCCAUUACUUUAAUCCCUGCCUGACAUUUCUUGCUAUUUGCUGGCCUCACGGGUGAUGCACAGAUAGAAAGUUACCACUCUCGGUAGAGUGUAUCCAUUUCUGUGUCUAGCUUGUGUGGGUUCCAUCCUGUGGGCUGCACUGCCUGGCUUCCUCUUCUCAGCCUGCUGAGGUUUCAUCUGUUUACUAUCUACAGCUAGUUCUCAUGUGCUCACUGUGUGGCUAUUACACCAUUUAUCCGUCCAUUUUCCUUGCAGUGGACGUUUGGGUUGUCCCCAUUUGUCACUGUGUGAGAAGUGCUGCUGUGGAGGGGUUGUGGUCUGCAAACCUGUUCUUUAUCCUAACAUUAGGAGGAAGAUGUGUGAGGAUGAGGAGUUCAAGGUCUCCCUCAACUAAACUUUGAGUAUGAUGUCAAUCUGGACUAUGUGAGACUUUGUCUUUAAUAAUCCAAAAACAACAACAACAACAACAAAAAACAUAUCUAGGGCUGGGAAGGCUGCUCAGUGGAUGAAGUAUUUGCCAUGUAACCAUGAAUACCUGUGUUCAGAUCUCCAGCACCCAUGUAAAAGCUGAGAGUGGUGGCGGCCACCUAUAAACCCUUCAAACAUUUCCUGCAUUCCCCUCAAGCAAGCAGCCAGGGCAAAUGGCAAGCUUCAGUUUCAGUGAGUAAUCAUAUCUCAAAAGAUAAGACGGGGAUCAAUAGGAAUCAACCUCCUGCCCCCACAAGUCACGGGCACGUGCAUGUGCACACACACAUGAUAAUUAUAAUAAUUUAAAAAUAUAUUACAUGUUUCUAUUGGGAAAAUACAUAAAUCUAGAGAAGACUUGAAUACCAUUGUUUCCAGCUGGGCCAGGCUAGCGUUUCUAGAACCUUCUCUAACACAGCAGAAAGCAUGCUUACUCUGGUCAAGCCGGACCAUGAGCCCUUGCCACACUGAAAAUGAGUGUGACAAAAUUCAGGACUGGGUUAGCAGUAUAUUCCCUGACAAACGCCAAGUCUUGUGUUUCAGUGUAGGUUUCAAUGGAAUUCGGAGAGUGCCUCUUCCCUUCAGUGAAGCAGCAAUUUCUGCCACACUGGGAGAUUAUUGUUUAAUAUGUUCUGUCCCCUCCACAGAGGAAAGCCCGAUCUAUCAGGCACUUUGGACACCUACUCUGUUGGCUCUUUUUCUAGAAGCUGCUCCUUGCUUGUAGUAAAUACCCGUGCUUCAAAAGCUUUCUGUAUUGAUCAGAAACAUCACUACGCCUCCCCCUCCUGA